AUGGGCGCAGAUGACAGAGGGACAGAACAAGGCACUGGCACAGGACAGCAAGAAUGCAAGCGCAGGGAUGAUCUCUGGAGCUGCAGGCACACACAGCCAGAUGUGCUGGAGCAUGGGGCCGGUGCAGAGCUGGUGGACAAGGCAUCAGCACAAAACAGAGCCGUGCUCCUGGGAAGAGGGGUUGUCCCCAGACGGAGGAACAGCACCUGCCUAACCACAGAGCCCAACUCGUGCCCGGGAGAGCAAAACCUGGAGCGCAUCCCAGCUGCCCACAACGCGGCCCCACACACAGCCCACGCUGCCAGCACAGAUCCUGGCGGGCCGGUGGCACGGCUUGUGCCACUGCCACCACCCCGGGUGCCACCAUCCCCACCCCGUCACUUCGGGCUCAUUUGUUUCCUACCUCCUCCCCAGGGACAACUUUCCGAAGAGUUUCACCACUUCCCCUGCCGUCCCCUAUCCGACACCGGGGCUUGCCCCGAGCCGGCACAGUUUACCGGGUCCGGGGGAACGGCGGACGGAACACUGCGAGGUGCCAAGCCGGACGAGGACACCGCAGCGGCCUCAGCAGAAGCCCCUGACACCCUCCCGGCCGGGAGACCCCCAGAGCCGGGGCAGGCUCGGACAGCCCCCAUAGGCAGCAGCGCUCCGGUUCUCUCCCCGCUGCCCCCCUUGUCCCCGCGGGGCUCCCCCAGCAGCAGGGGCUCCUCCCACCGCCCUGCGGCUGCACCGGGCCUGGCUGCGCUUUACGGCCGCUUCCCCGAACCCCAAUGCCCCGGCAGCCGCCACCCCCGCCGGGCAUCCGCCCCCUCCGCGCACCGGGCCCGGCCCGGCCGCCCCCGCCGCACCGGGCCGCGCUCGCUCCUCCGCCCGCCGCACCGGGCCCCGCGGCCCUGCAUCCGCCCCAUCGCUCUGAGCCCUGCCCGCCGCCCUCCCCGUCCCGCUGCCCCGGGGCUGCCCGCCCCCUUCCCCAGCCCCGGGCCCUGCCCUCCGCCUCCCCCUGGUGCCCCGGCCCUGCCCCGCACAGCCCGGGCCUGA